AUGAAGCUUUCAACUAUUUCUUUCCUAACUCAUACUGGCUUGGCCUCGGCCCUCACACAACAAUGCACUGGCAAUGCUGUCAACGAAGGCGGUAACUGGUUCUGUGGUGCCGUGAAUCAGAUCCUCUACCAGGGAUUCUCCAGCAGCGGUAGCUAUAAAGCUGUUACUCGUAUGGGUAACGAUGGAUCCUGCCAGUUCCAACCCUUCUCUUACGGCGGUGCUCUUGGCCCCCUGAGUGAGGAUCUUUCGGUCCAUAUUCGUGGUCCGUUUAACCUGAAGGAGUUUGCCGUCUAUAAUCUCGAUUCGAACCAGAAGAAACGUGAUACUGCUCCCUCCCCCCAUAUUCACGGCCACCGUCACGGACAUGGCCAUCUCCACGGUCAACACAACAAGAAGCGUGGCGAGUGGGUUACAGCCACUAUCAACGGACAGGUUGUAUCUUGGGAGAAUACAUGGUAUGGAGGUCCUGCUACACAAGCUGCUGCCGCACCGGUUGCUGCAGCUCCUACCAAGGCUGCUAAGAAACCUGCUUCUAAGCCAAAGCCCAAGGUAGAGAAAAAGCCUCUCAAGAGCAAUGCGAAGCCUGUGGUUGAGAACCCCAAAAAGGCCAGUGGCUCAAAGACAAAUGCGUAUCCUACCCCUGGAGGCCGCUGGAAGCGUACUUCUUACUAUAAUGCCCAGCGACGGGUUGCUGAUAAUGUUGUGUUUAUGGGUAACUAUGGUGGCGAGGGCUCUGGAGUCUUCGAUUCUACCUGGGGUAACUCUCUUUCUUACCUCAACGCCAAUGGAAACGGAGGCUCUUCAUCUCCCAAAGUGUUGAAGGACGUCUUCAUCCCUUCCAACAAAGAAUUUGCCAUCUUCAGCUCCGAGAAGUGCGAUAGAAGCUGUGGCUACUCCCGUGUCCCAAACAUCGCACACAAGGGCUUCUCCGGGUCCAACAAGAUCUUCCUCUUCCACUUCAAGAUGCCUCACGACGGCCAGGGCGGCUUCAACGGCGACAUGCCCGCCCUCUGGGCCCUCAACGGCCGCAUCCCGCGCACUAUGCAAUACGGCGACUGCAGCUGCUGGAAGACAGGCUGCGGCGAGGUCGACAUCUACGAGGUCCUCGCCACGGGUGAUACCAAGUGCAAGAGUACGUUCCAUAUGAACAACGGCGCGGGAAGCUCUGACUAUUUCGACCGGCCGGUUGAUAAAUACAUCAAGGUCGCGGUGGUGUUUUGUGAGCGUACGUCGAGUGUUGCUAUUAAGCAGUUGCCGGAUAGCUUUGACUUUGGUUCGGCGUUGAGUGAUGAAGCUGUUCGUUCUUGGAUUAAAGGUUCGUCGUCGCCGAAGAAAGGGAGUAGCUUGUUCCAAAUGUCGAACUGA